CAAAAGCCAAAAACACCUCAGGCGUUUUGGUAUUUUUUUUUUCUUUUUCUUUUUGAACAUCUGACAUCUGAGCUUCUUUCAAGAGGAGUCUCAAGAUGGGUGUCCGGAAUUCCUGCAUUCGUGCUACCAAUCCGGACAAUCAUGAGGUUUUGUCCCCAAAACUUUGUGAUUUGCGGCCAAGGUUACAUCUAUUGGCCAAUAAAGAUCAGGUCAUGGGAGAAAUAAAGAAGGAGAUGCGCAUUGCAGCGGGCGCUGAAAAGCUCUACAGAGUGACCUCAGACAAGGAGACCCUAGCCCGUCUGAGGAAGUUUAUGAAGGAGUCGGGGAAAAAGCUAAAAAUUCUUUAUGCCACCCUUCAAAACCUGAAUGUGGCAAUUGCACAAAAGGACCCCGAGAUUCACCCAGGUUCUCCCCAUGACCCACCAACAAAUGCCCCAGAGGAUUCCUGUGUUAUGGAUGAGUCACCAGCAGUUGUAUUGACACCGGAAGAACCAGCCACCACAAGUGAGAGGGACACCACGGCACAAGAUCCAGCACCAGCACUGCCACUGGCUGUCACUGAGGGCAGUGAGAUGUCUGCGGAUGAAGUGAACAUCGGCUCAACUCAUCCAGAAAACACAGCAGAAGACUUUCCACCAGCUGUGACGACGGAACCAGAAGUUUUGCAUUUGACCAACUGCACUCUGCAAGACUUCACCCAACGAGGUUUCCUAGGCGAGGGCGGAUUUGCGAAGGUUCUCCAUGUGCAACACACGGCAUCAAAAAGAUCGUAUGCCCUGAAGAUCUUAAAAAAACAGAAGAUCACCACCUUAAGGGAUGUUGAAAGGAUUUUGGUCGAGAAACGGGUCGCUCUCGCAGCAGCUGUCCACCCCUUCACCGUGGAUCUACAUGCCACCUUCCAGUCAGACCACCAUCUCUUCUUCCUUAUGGAGUAUGUCGCUGGAGGCUGCUUAAGGAGUCUCCUGGAGAGGGAACGUAAAUUUGGACAACAAAGGACUACGUUCUAUGCUGCGUGCACACUGCUGGCCAUCUCCUAUUUGCAUGAAAAUGGCAUCAUACACCGAGAUCUCAAGCCGGAAAACCUGCUCUUAGACAGCAACGGGUACAUAAAACUGGCUGAUUUCGGACUAUGCAAAGACGGAAUUGGCUAUGGGGACAGAACACGCAGCCUGAAUGGAACCUAUGACUACAUGGCUCCCGAAGUCCUCUCCAGGCUGCCGUAUUCAAGAUCUGUAGAUUGGUGGUCUCUGGGCAUCGUGAUCUUCGAGAUGCUAGUCGGGGACCUACCAUGGAUGAGACCAUCUAUUGGCUUCGUCUGCCCAAAGUUCCUGGCUGAGGAUGCAGCUAUUUUAAUAUCAGGGCUUUUACAGUUGGACCCAUGGAUGCGGCUGGGCUCCAGCGAGGAAGAUGCAGGUGAACUAAUGCAUCAUCAUUUCUUUCGAGGCAUUGACUGGCUGGCUUUGCUACAGAGAAAAUUGCAGCCCCCAUUCAUACCGGAGGAUGUUGGACUUUCCGACGAUGGACCCUGGGAUCUACUUCUAACACCUCCCUCCGAGGGUUCCUUGGGAAUAAGAAAAGAGAUCGCUGAUGCCUUUGGGAGCUUCGAUUAUUCCGCAAUAUAG